AUGUGCGAAACUGCUAAAGAGGUUUGGGACAUUCUCGAAACAACACAUGAGGGAACUAAAAUAGUAAAAAACUCAAAACUGCAAAUGCUAGCUUCUAGGUUUGAAGAAGUGAGAAUGAAAGAUGAUGAAACUUUUGAUGAGUUUUACGCUAAGCUAAAUGACAUAGUUAACUCGAGUUUCAACCUAGGUGAGAGAAUUCCCGAGACCAAGAUAGUGAGAAAGGUACUUAGAUCCCUACCUGAGAGAUUUAGGCCUAAAGUCACUGCUAUUGAGGAGAGUAAGGACCUAGAUGAAAUUAAGAUCGAAGAAUUGGUAGGAUCCUUGCAAACCUAUGAACUUACUCUCUCACAACACAAGAAAGGAAAAUCCAUAGCCCUAAAAUCCAAUAAAGAAGGUGAAUUGUCUGACACUGAGUCACUUAGGGAUGAGGAAAUCGCAUACUUUGUCAAGAAAUUCCAAAAAGUCCUCAACAAUAGGAGAAAGCCUCAAGAUAGAAAGAAUGGAGCCCCUAGCAGAUUCACAAAAGAUAAAAUUGAGAAAGAUAACAAUAAGGGGUCUAGUGAGAAGCCACGCUUGGUUAGAUGUCAUGAGUGUCAAGGAAUAGGUCACUAUCGGAAUGAAUGUCCGAGCUAUAAGAAAAAUCAAAGAAAAGGGAAAGGCAAGGCCUUAGUUGUCUUACUUACUGAUAAUGAAUCUGAGACCAGUGAUAGGCAGGAAUCCUCCAGUAGUGAUGAUGAAGGAAAUUAUAUGGCAUUUGUGGCUACUGUUAAGAGUGAGUCUGAUAAGAAAAGUGAUAAGGUGGAGGAAGAGCAAUCAAAUGAUAAUUCUGUUAAUGAAAAUGAGGAUAAGGAUAACAUAGACCUACAAGAAGCAUAUCAACAACUGUUUAAAGAAAGUCUUAAGAUAAAGAAGGUCAAUAAAUCCCUACUUAAAAAGCUUGACGAACUUGAAAGGGAAAAAGAGAAACUGGGUGGUAAGCUUCAGGAGUCACUUAAGAGCGGUAGUGAGUUGAAGUGUGUCAAUGAGAAAUUGGAAGACAAGGUUAAGAGUUUGACUAGUGAAUUGGAAAAAUCUAAUGCCCAUCUUCAGACAUUCAUUAGUGGAAACAAGAAAUUAGAUAACCUAUUGGGAAUGAAUAAGCCAGUGGGAGACAAGAGAGGUCUAGGAUAUGUUGAGGGUAAUACAACUAUUGCUGGACCAUCUAGGACUGUCUUCGUGGCUGCCUCUAAGUUUAAUACGGUUAGGAGUCCAAGUAAGGGUAAGAGCAUUCCUAGGGAACAAAGUCAUCAAUCACGUAGGAACAUUAGGACCAGGUACCCUCAGACACGUACUUUUGAGCCUAGGUUUAUUCCCACCUGCCACCACUGUGGUGCUCUAGGACACACUAGGCCUAAAUCCUAG